GCCAGGCACCUGCGGCGGGCCGGGCCGCGGAGCGGUGCGGGGCCGGUGCCGUGCCGGGCAUGGCGGCGCGCUGAGAUGAAAGUGACCGUGGUCUUCGGGCGGACCGGGAUCGUGGUGCCCUGCAAGGACGGGCAGCUCCGCGUGCGCGACCUCACGCAGCAGGCCCUGCAGCGCUACCGCCGGGCGCAGGAGAAGGAUUCAACUUACUGGGUAAAUAUUCACCACCUGGAGUACACAGAUGGAGGAAUCCUGGACCCUGAUGAUGUCCUGGCAGACGUUGUGGAAGACAAAGAUAAGCUGAUUGCUGUUUAUGAUGAGGAAGAACCUCACUGUAAGAGUGAUGGCACCAACGGCAGUGUGGCAGACAGAAGUAGCCCAGACCCUUUUGAGGCAGAGGUAGCGGCUCAGUUGGCUGCCUUUCAACCGAUUGGGGGUGAGAUUGAAGUGACUCCUUCUGCCCUAAAACUGGGCAUGCCGCUUCUGGUACGAAGGAGCAGUGAUCCAGCUUUGGGCCCCCCUGCUGACUUUCACCCAAGUGCUUCUCAUCCCAGUGACCACAGUCUCAAACAUGUUACAGCGGGUGCUUCCCAGGGAUCCUUUGAGGAUGGGGAGAUGAACCUCAGUGGACCUACAGAACUGUUGUCAUCUCAGAGGACCCGGCUCCCUGUCAGUGAAAUGACAAAAACAGUGGAGAUUUCUGGGGAAGGUGGACCCUUGGGAAUACACGUAGUGCCCUUUUUUUCAUCUUUGAGUGGAAGGAUGCUGGGACUCUUUAUCCGUGGUAUUGAAGAAAAUAGUAGAUCUAGGCGUGAUGGACUUUUCCAUGAAAAUGAAUGCAUUGUGAAGAUCAACCACGUGGACCUCAUAGAUAAAACCUUUGCACAGGCUCAGGACAUCUUCCGUCAGGCAAUGAAAUUUCAAAGUGUCAUCUUGGAAGUCCUUCCUCCAUAUAAUCGAGAACAGUAUGAAAAGUCUGCUAUUGCUCCCCUUUGUUUUCUGCAUAAUGAAGAAGAAGUUCCAAAAACAAAGAUUCCACCUCCUGUUCAUCCAAAACCUACUCUGAAACCGGUUAAUCUUUCUGGAGCAGGCAGCUUGGAGGCAGGUGUACAGUCAACACUACAACAAGCUAAGAGCCCCAACCUCCCACGUCUGAGUAGAAAAUCAUCUUCACCCUCCAUGUCUCCCCUUAUGGGCUUUGGCAAUAAAAAAAAUGCGAAGAAAAUAAAGAUAGACUUGAAAAAAGGUCCAGAAGGACUUGGUUUCACUGUUGUUACCAGAGAGUCUUCAGUACAUGGUCCCGGUCCUAUUUUUGUGAAGAAUAUUUUACCAAAAGGUGCAGCAGUAAAAGAUGGUCGUUUGCAGUCAGGCGACAGAAUCCUGGAGGUGAAUGGACGGGACAUCACUGGCAGGACGCAAGAAGAGCUUGUAGCUAUGCUGAGGAGCACAAAGCAAGGGGAAACAGUCUGUCUAAUCGUGGCUCGUCAGGAGGAGGCCUUUCUACCUCGAGAGCUGAAAGGAGAGCCAAACUGCAGUGUUCUUUCUCCAGAAACCACAGAGCAGCUGACCUUUGAGAUUCCUCUGAAUGAUUCUGGCUCUGCUGGACUUGGUGUGAGCUUAAAAGGCAACAAAUCUCGGGAGACCGGAGCUGAUCUUGGGAUUUUCAUCAAGUCUGUUAUUCAUGGAGGUGCUGCUUUUAAGGAUGGUCGUUUGCGAGUAAAUGAUCAGCUUGUUGCAGUAAAUGGGGAGUCACUUCUGGGCAAGUCCAAUCACGAGGCCAUGGAGACACUGAGGCGUUCCAUGUCCAUGGAGGGGAACAUUCGUGGAAGGAUCCAGCUAGUAGUUCUUCGGAGACUAGAGGCACAGACAGAGGACCGCCUGGACCAGGGGGCUUUUAAAAAAUCAGCAUUUGAUGGGAGUCAUAACUUUGCAGCUGUUUCCCGACGCAAUGAUACUAUUCUUCAGCAAUUUGUAACAUGCAGUCCUCAGGAAAGAAUACAAGAGUUGCCAGUGUCUGAUCAUGGCAGUGGUGAAAAUGAAACCCCUCCACCUCUACCACCACAUCCCACAGAGGAUUUGCUGAACGAGGAUUAUAAUCAUAGCCCAAUCAUAAAUUCAGCAAUGUAUUUAACAGAUCAGCACAUCAACUUCAGAUCUUUGACACCAGCCAAGCAGUCUGAAUCAAUUAAUCUGAAAGCCUCAAAAAGCAUGGAUCUGGUGGCAGAUGAAAGCAAAGUUGGUUCAUUGGCUGGAUGCAAAUCAGACUCUUCCAGCAAGGAUUUUGGCCCUACUCUGGGACUGAAGAAGUCCAGUUCUCUUGAGAGUCUUCAGACUGCUGUGGCUGAAGUUAGGAAGAAUGAACUCCCUUUUCACAGACCCAGGCCUCAUGUGGUCCGUGGUCGGGGGUGUAAUGAGAGUUUCCGAGCUGCCAUCGACAAGUCUUAUGAUGGACCGGAGGAUAUAGAAGAGGAUGGUUUUUCUGAUAAGAGCUCUCACUCUGGUCAAGAAGCUCAGAACAUGGAAUCUGCCCCUCCAGGGAACCCUGAAAUAGAAGAUGUAGAAACCAAAGCAAAAAAAGACAAAAAAAAUAGAGAGAAAGAAAAGAAAAAAGAGAAGGGCAAACCUAAAAUCAAAGAGAAGAAACGGAAAGAAGAAAAUGAAGAUCCUGAAAAGAAAAAGAAGAAAGGCUUUGGUGUCAUGUUGAGAUUUGGAAAGAAAAAGGAAGAUAAAAGUGGGAAAACAGAUCAGAAGGGGAAUCCAAAGCAUGAUGUACUUAAAGAAGAGGAGUUGGAGAAAAUGAAAGAUGAACGUGAAAGGAUUGGUGCAAAGCAUCAGGAGUUACGGCAAAAGCAACUGAGAGGCCUGCUUGAUUAUUCCACUGGUCCUGGAGGACCUGACAUUGAUGAUGAUGAGGUGGAUCCAAAUUAUGCUAGAGUGAAUCACUUCCGAGAGGCUUAUCCAGCAGCGAGCAUUUACAGGCCAUCAUCACCAGCAGUAGCAGAAACCUUUGUAUAUCCACGUGAUUCUGCUUCAGCACCAAUGGAGAGGGAGCACUUGGAAGGAUUGUAUGCAAAAAUAAACAAGCAGCACUACCCACAAGCUCCUGGUGACAGUGGCUGUGCAGGUGGUGGGAAUGCUGAUCGUAUCCAGAAGUUACGUAGGGAGUACCAUCAGGCCAGGCGAGAGGGCUUACCUUUCUAUGAGGACGACGAAGGAAGAACACAGCCGUCUGAUUACGACCAGCAUUGGGUUCCUGGAAAAGGUCCAGACGGGAGCUCAUACAAUCUCCACUUUGAAGGGAUGGAAAGGCAGUAUGCAUCUUUACCCAGGCGUGGACCUGCAGAACCACUGGAAUAUUUAACAGGACCACGAGUAAUAUACAAAGAGAGAGAUCUUCCCUACUACCAAGGAGGACAGCCUGCUGUCCACCCAUCUAAGGGGAGCUACAUCCGCGCACCAGACAUGAGAGUGGCAGAAUUGAGGUACCCCCAGUACUACCCACCCCAGCCCGUUGCAAACCAGCAUAAAGGACCCCUCCGCCAGGACGUGCCACCUUCCCCUCCUCAGCCCCACCGUGCACCAGCUUAUAAUGAAAUUGUCCGACACCGUGGGACCAGUCCAGACCAGUACCAGUACAGGCAACAGGAUCCCAGGCAGAAGAACCCCAUGACAGCAGCUGUAUAGCCACACACUGGACUUGCCAGCACAGCCCGGGAGGGCUCCCGUUGGACCUCGGCUUUUUAGAGUUGUUCCAAGCAUGGCUGCCUGUAAGAAUGGCAUUAGACCUGGAGUCGUUUGUACUGAGCUGGGCUCAGCAUAGGUGCUUUCUAACAGGCGAACUAAAGCCACGGGAGGUACGAUGUGUUUUGAGUACAUGAGGUACCAGACAGUUGAGUGUUUUUUUAAUUCCUUUUUAAAAAUAGAAAGUGGCUGCUGGAAAUGAAGCGCAACACUUAUUACACCUCAGGGCUAUUUACCGAAUCCGGUUGCACCUAUGCAGUACACAGCUGCCUGUGUACCGCAUAAGGGCAGCGGUGUCACCGGAGUUUACUUCAGAGCACUGUUGCAGAGCCUUUAAGUGAGAACACAGCAUGCAGUGCGGACUUCUUGCGGAGCUGGGGAUCUUGUGUAAUCAAUCAGCUGACCAGGGGCCUCGUGGAGUUAGCGGGCACGUUCCAGGCUUGUUCAGACCAGCAGCUCUGUGUGUUAAGGAUGCUGCAGUUCCAGAUAUGUAAUCUGGCCUCUGUCUUCCUCUUUCUAUUUGAUGGUGGCAGCAAUUCAUCUUGUAGCCUUCAUUUUUCUGCAGUUUGCGUAGCAAGAUUCUCCUCUUAUUGUACCAGCUGCAUUUGGAGUAAGGCAAAAAGUUUUAUCCACCAGGCUUGAGCAGGCUCGCGGAGGACAAGGCAGCCAGCCAUCUGAGAGGUGUGUGUCUGUGAACGUGUCUUAGUUGCACAGUAUGCACUCUUUAAAUGUAAACCCCAGAGAUCAGAUCCUCAGUUGUUCUCAGCAAGUGUCACUCUCAAGUUUUCAGUGGAGCUAGCCUGUAAGAAGUGUCUGUGGAGGUGACCGCAGGCAUGGAGUCCAUAACUCACAUUAAGUAUCAGGUGCUGCUUUGGCUCAGGCAGGGCAGCCCCGUUCCCAGCCCGCUCUGGCCAGGAAGACAGCCAAGUGCCUACCAGCGGCGUGCGAGUCGAUCAAGUGCCUGCGCCCUGCCCUUGCCAGCCUGCUGCCAUGGGAAGGCGCCUGUCAGAGCGGGGCUGCCGGCUGCCUCCACAGAGAAGCUCAGCCUCAGGCGGUGCCACGUGCCAAACUACUCCAGUUCCUGCAGUCGGGGGCCAGCAGGGAGAGAGGCUUUUCGCAGAGAGAGGUGAGGAAAAAAAAUGAGGAAAGCAACAGGGAGAGCUUUGAAACCUUAGGGCCGCGGAGGAAGAGGAGGGAAUAGCUGUAAGCAGUGAGUUAUUUGCAAGAGUACAUGGGAAGAGAGGAAGUAGGAGGUGGGUGGGUGGGGAGCUGGGGGCACACAAUGCUGGGGCACCUGCCUGACUCUUUGGCCCGUGCAGCCUGAGCUCGCUGUGCAGCCAGCCUGCAAGGAGGCCAGAAAUACACGACAGCAGCCACAGAGACAUGCUACCUGGCCCAACAGGGCUGGGGGCCCUCAGAGGUUUGUCCCAAGGAUGUUGUUGCAGGGAAACCAUGCAGUCUUGCCACCUAGCAAUAUGAAGUUGCCAAGUGCCCUUAAUUCCUCAACUUCUGUCUUUUGGGAGUGUUAUUAAAUAGUUUGGGCUCCUCUCCUCAUCAGGGAGAGAAUGUGACCUAAGCUAAGGAUUAAGUGCAAGGAUUUCUUUGAUGUCUUUUUGACACCUUUGGUAUGCAACAGAUUAAAUCACAUAGGUCACUUCUAGGUGUUAGAUAUCACAGGAAGAUCUAUCCUGCCAGGAGCGGGCCCCUUUACUAGAAAUCCCUGGGAAAAGGCCUCGUAAUAGUAAGACAUCUGUAAGGCGCAUGGCAGGGCAGCUUUGUGUGCUGCUGCUUUCCAGGGGCCACAGCCGCAGCUAAUGGCCGUGAUGAGGGUGAGCAAUUAUCCCUGUCAGCCUGUUGCUUGUGUGCUGCCAGCGCCAGGAAGAGUCUGGGAGCAUCUGCAUCCGCCCUGCUGGCCCGUGGGCUCCUGAAGUUGCAUUCACACUGACCUUUCUCCACCAUGCAGGCUGGAAGCAGCGGGAGAAGCAGCUUUGGGGUGGUGAGAAGGGGGGUGUCUCUGUGACUCAGAUGCGGGGCUGGGCUCCCUGGGGCAGGGGCAGGCGAGCUCUAGAUCCAGUCAGGAGGAAGCAUCGGUGGGAGGGAGAGGAAUGCAACCGAUCAUGAAGCAAGUAUGUUCGGUUCUUGCUCCAUUUCUUUCUGCCCUCUUCCCUAGAAAUGUAGGAGAGAAAACCUCUGGAGGGAGAGGUUGGAUGUAAAGCUGGGUGUCUCGCAGUACCCUCCAUAAAUAAGGCACAUUCCCCAAGGAAACUCUGCCUGUCGCAUACGUGCUGUACGCAGCCUUGUACUUCUCUAAAAGAGUUUUAGAUGCUGUAGGAUACUCAGCCAGGACUUGGCAGCCACAGGGUAGAUGCUGGUGUUAUGAAGCCCUGCUGAAAGUGAAGCGAAAACAAAUUAAAAUACUUUCCUUUCCCUGCUUGAAAUAUAACCCCUGAUACAUUUGAUCCAGCUGUAAAGAAACUAAUAUGUUUGCGACAGUGGCUUUAUCAAGCCAGGCCACAAUUAAGAACAGCUCUGAAUAUAAGCUACUGCCUUUAUAAAUCACUCUCAACUAACCCUUCAAAUGGCAUUGCAGCACAGUGAGCAGAACUUAUUUACAGUAUUUCAAGAGCUAGGGCCAAAUAAAAUCUGGAUGGAAACAGCUCCUGGGUUAUUUAUAGCCUUUGAAGGACCUGCACAAUUGUCUCCCCGUAACCUGAAUCUUCCCUUAACAGCUCCCCUUGACUGCAUCAGCUCCGCUCAGUUGAGGCGGUCACAACAAACCAACAACUUCUGAGCUGUUAAUCUUACCCAACAGGUUAUUAAGUGAUGCUUCGGCUGUUAGAUCAGUACAGAGCUUCUUCCUUCUGAAGAAAAAAUAAAAAAUAGCUACAAGCAUAAUAUAUGGAUGCAUCCUACAGACGAGGAGCUAAGGAGGAAGAGCAGGCUGGGGGAACAAGACCAAAAGGUAUCGCAGAGCAUCUCCUCAAUCUCUGGUGCCAUUGUUCUGAGAGAAAAUUGCCAUUUGCUGGUUUAAUAUCUGAUAGAGGUAUUUUCAAAAGUAUAAUGUGUAACUACAGUAUAUAUAGUCAGCUUCUCUGCAGUGUAAAAUGUAUGAUUUUAGCACCAUAUUGUGGAAAAAUAUGUACCGUGCAGAAUUCACGAGGUGCUACAACUGACGGUUGAAAAUACACACUUGCAAAAAUCCAAAAGAGCCGUUAAGUAACAAGUUGUUCUUUUCCCCAUAUGUCCAUAUGUUUGGGAAAAUUAUGAGUCUGAAAUGCUCUUGACACGUAAUUGCCUCGCACUCCCUCAUCCAAAAUGUGCCAGUCCAGCAGCACAGUUCCUGACGUAGGGGGUGUGAAGGGAGGGCUGGGGCUUGCGGCAGGAGCGGCGUGCCAUAAGUGUGCGUGUGAAGGGGAGUCAGGGCGAGGGGGAGAGGCACGCUCCUGCCUGAAGCUGGAAGCUUUGAUUUCCUGAGCUGGUGCGUGCAGCCGGCAGCUCUGGCCCUGGCACGUGGCCAGCCGGGCCCAGCAGUUGAAAGAUGAAGAUAUACGGGGAGAGCCUGUGGAUUUUCUGAGUGACCACCCACUAGUGACCCCUGGUCUCGGCCUGGGAGCAGACAUUAUCACUGUGAUAUAAUAUAAGGCAGGAGUCUCUAGGCACCCCUUGAAUGCUUAAGGAAAUAGCAAUUGUCCUUUGUGGAGAAAAGAGGAACUAAGCAUUUUAAUUAAAUAAAAAAGUGCUCCUGCCUUGAAGAAUUGCAUGCAGCUCUGCAUUCCGAUUCACUCCAGCUUCCUGAACUAGAAAUAACUUCACAUGCUGCCUAAUUUUUUUACAGAUGAAUUGUGCUACCUCCUCCUCCCAGCCAUCACAGGUUUGUUUAUGAGAAGGUUAGUGCUGUGAGUGAAUCCCACCAAGUGCUCUGCCAGGGCCACAUCCUGAUGCUCUGGUCUGAGCAGGGGCUGCUUUGCACUUUCAAAAGGCCCUACACCUGUGCUCUCUGCCACAGUUGUUCUGCAGAGUCACUAAGCCUUAAGUGCAAAGUUAGAAGCACUCUUUACUGUCUGAAUUAAAACACACACUUUUUUAGACACUUCUGUGUUAUUUUGGUGGAGAGGAAGGUGUUUAUGGUCCUGACAAUACCUGUAUGUUUAAGCGAAACUGAUUUCAAAAUCAUGUGUGAUUGUUUUGGGGAGAAAUUCAACACACAAUCUGAGAGUUUUUUUCUAGUACCACAUCAAAGAUUUUGAUCUUUUGUUACAUAUGGCUAUACAAAUUUUACCUGUUUUAUUUUGCAAUAAAAUAAAGGCUUUAAGACUAUA